AUGGCGACGCGGCCCCCAGGGACAAAGCCGCGCGGACGGCGUGAUGCUGCCCAGCACGCGCCGAUCCGCGUGGGCGGCCGGCAAGCGGCAUCUCAGCCCGGCGCGGCGGAUGGGAAGGGGGCGGGGGUUGUGGGGCCGUCCGGGCGCGAGCCGGGCGCUGGGGAGCUCGAGGGGUCGCAAUACAGGACGGACGAGUUCCGCAUGUUCUGCCUCAAGGUCCUGCAGUGCAGCAAGCGGUACUGCCACGACUGGACGACCUGCCCGUUCGCCCACCCGGGCGAGAAGGCGCGUCGGCGGGACCCGCGCAAGUUCCGGUACACCGGCAUCGCCUGCCCAGAGAUGAAGCAGGGAGUGGGCUGCCCCCGCGGAGAGCGCUGCCCCUUCGCCCACAACGUCUUCGAAUACUGGCUGCACCCCAGCAGGUACCGCACCCAGCUUUGCAACAUCGCCGCCUCCUGCAACCGCAAGAUCUGCUUCUUCGCGCACACCAUCGAGGAGCUGCGCGUGCCAGCGCCUGUGGGCGGCGUGGACGCCACGCAGCUGCUGGCGGGAUCGGCGGGCCAGGGGCUGGCCGGCACCCGGAGGGCCCAGCACCACGGGCCGGGCAGGGCGGCCUACAGGACGCCUAGGCGCGCCGCGGCCACCGAACCGGUGCGCCGGGUGACCGCGCCGGAGCCGUCACCACGCGACCCGGCCCUGGUGCCAUCCUCCCUUUACGGCCACGAUCACUUUGGCCAUGAGCAUGGUGGGCAUGAGCACCCUGCCUGUGGGCAUGCUGGACCCUCACGCGACACCAGCACCUACUCUGAGAGCCAGGCCCGCCAACUGCUGGAGAUGCUUCGCAGCACAAGGCAGCAAGCCUUGCAGGUGCACCCCAGUGUGCCCUUCGCGGAUGUGCAGCAGGUCCAGGCCCUCUUGUCCAUCCUACAACAGCAGCAGCAGAGGCAGGCAGCCGCACAGAAGGCUGCGGACUCAGAGGCCAGCAUGACGCAAGCCCUGCAAAACUGCCUCAGCGCUUUGUAUUGCCAGGUGACCACACAACCGAUGUCCGAGGGGGAGCGCGAGCGCCUGAUCAAGAUGCUCACCUGGAUCUUCAUGAUGGUCCAGUCUCAGUCGCUGCAGGCCUUUGGGGGCGACAUGCAGGGUCCCUGGGACAGCCCAGCCAGCCAGCAGCUGGUGCUGGGCGCAGGCAUCAACUUGGAUCACCCCCCGCCUGCCAUCCCCGAGCGCACCACUUCCUCGUUCAGCGACCGGGGCAGCUUGUGCAGCAUACCGGAGAUGCAGAUGGCCGCUGGGCUGGACUCGUCGAUGUCUGUGUCGCCGAUGCAGGCAGGGCAGGGGCAGCCCCAAGGGCGGUCGCCCCUGCAGUGGGGCGGGUCGCGUGGGGAGGUCAUGAUGCAGCCCUUACAUGCGAGGGUGGACUCUGGAGAGGUGCACCGGCGGAGGCCGCCAUCAGAGGUAGGCAACCCAGCGAUGGUGGCCCAGGCGGUGACCACGCGGCUGUCGUCUGAGAGCGGGUGGAGUGCAAGGAUGAGCGCGGCGUCGGAAGGGGGUUGGACUGCGAGAAUGGGCACCCCGCGGGGGAGCGCACAUUCAUCGGGGGAGAGCGCGGUGACGGAGCUGUGGGGGAUGAUCUCAAGGCAGUCGGGGUCCAGCACGACGAGCGCCGGGCGCCUGUCAGACAUGCAGGAUGCAUGGAUGCACGACUACAGGCGGUGA